AUGCAAGGAAGGGCUAACAAAGCCCCUAAGAAGGAGCUGGUGAUUGACUCUCCCCAGCAGUACAAGAGUUUGGCUGGAGCCGAGGUGGAGGCAGUGCCACAGGUGGUGGUGAAGCCCAAAGUUAUCGAACCGCUGGACUAUGAGACUGUUCUUGUCCAGAGGAAGACCCAGAUUCUCAGUGAUGUCCUCCGGGACAUGCUGCAGUUCCCCCAGGAGGACUUCCAGAUUUCGACUCAGAGACGCCAAGGAAGAACUGUCUACCCCACAGUGCCUGAGAACGCUGAGAAGGAGGCGCAGAGUCUGUUUGUCCAAGAGUGCAUCAAGACCUACAACACUGACUGGCAUGUCGUUAAUUACAAGUAUGAGGACUACUCUGGGGACUUUCGGCAGCUUCCAAACAAAGUGUCCAGACCAGACAAACUGGCUGUCCACGUUUUUGAGGUUGAUGAAGAUGUCGAUAAAGAUGAGGACACAACCUCCCUAGGUUCCCAGAAAGGAGGGAUCACCAAGCAUGGCUGGCUGUACAAAGGCAACAUGAACAGUGCCAUCAGUGUCACCAUGAGGUCUUUCAAGAGGAGGUAUUUCCAUCUAACCCAGCUGGGUGAUGGCUCUUACAACCUGAACUUCUACAAGGAUGAGAAGAUCUCCAAAGAACCCAAAGGAACCAUCUUCCUGGACUCAUGUAUGGGGGUUGUUCAGAAUAACAGGGUGCGGCGCUUUGCCUUUGAGCUGAAGAUGCAGGACAAGAGCACGUACCUGCUGGCUGCCGACAGCGAGGGAGAGAUGGAAGACUGGAUCGGCACUCUCAACAAGAUCCUCCACAGCAGCUUUGAGAUCGCCAUGCAGGAGAAGAGGAACGGGGACAUCCACGAUGAUGACGAGCCGGGAAAGGCGGACAGUUCGUUGGGGAGUAUGGACAGCUUUCAGAGUGCAAGAGAUAUUGAAUCUAAAAUGAGGAACGAGACCAGAUUGAAACUGUUCACCUUGGAUCCGGACACACAGAAACUUGACUUCUCAGGAAUUGAGCCAGAUAUAAAGCAAUAUGAAGAAAAGUUUGGCAAGCGCAUUUUGGUCAAUUGCAAUGACCUGGCCUUCAACCUGCAGAGCUGUGUAGAGGAGAAUGACGAGGGACCAACAACAAACGUGGAGCCGUUCUAUGUGACCCUGUCGCUGUUCGACAUCCAGAAUAGCAGGAAGAUCUCAUCAGACUUCCACGUGGACCUGAACCACCCGUCCGUUAGACAGCUGGUGGCCAACCCCAGCAGCCAGUACAUGAACGGGGGUGGGGACGCCUUGCUGGGGAUGCAGAGGGGGGUCCACGGUCUGCCUGAGGAGGCCAUGCUGUACCCCAGACAGGGAGUGUUCUCUGUAACGUGUCCACACCCAGAUAUCUUCCUGUUAGCUCGCAUUGAGAAGGUCCUCCAGGGAGGAAUCACACACUGUGCUGAGCCCUACAUGAAGAGCUCAGACUCCACCAAGGUUGCACAGAAGGUUCUGAAAAAUGCCAAAUUGUCUUGCAGCCGGUUGGGCCAGUACAGGAUGCCUUUUGGAUGGGCCGCCAGGCCUCUGUUCAAAGAUGCAUCAGGGACGUUGGACAAAAGUGGUCGUUUCUCCGCCAUCUACAGACAGGACAGUAACAAGCUGUCCAACGACGACAUGUUUAAACUGCUGGCUGACUUCAGAAAGCCAGAGAAGAUGGCCAAGCUCCCUGUAAUCUUAGGAAACCUAGACGUUACCAUUGAUGAUGUUGCCCCUGACUUGACAAAUUGUAUUAGCUCAUCCUAUAUUCCUGUGAAGACUUUUGAUAGCAGUGAGAAGACGAACAUCUUCUUUGAAGUGGAGGAGUUUGUUCCCUACAUAGCCAAGUGCUCCCAGCCGUUCACCAUCUACAACAAUCACCUCUAUGUCUACCCCAGGCACCUGAAGUACGACAGCCAAAAAUCUUUCGCAAAGGCUAGAAACAUAGCUGUCUGCAUCGAGUUCAAGGACUCUGACGAAGAGGAGGCUGUUUCGCUCAAGUGCAUCUAUGGUCGACCAGGAGGACCCCUGUUUACAGAGAAUGCCUCUGCUGCAGUAUUACAUCACCAGCACAGCCCAGAGUUUUAUGAUGAGUUUAAGAUUGAGCUUCCCACUCAGCUCAAUGAGAAGCACCAUCUGCUCUUCACCUUCUUCCACGUCAGCUGUGACAGCAACAGCAAGGCCAGCACCAAGAAGAGAGACGUGGUGGAGACACAAGUGGGUUACGCCUGGCUCCCUCUGCUGAAGGAUGGCAGGGUGAUCAUGAAUGAGAGUCACGUCCCGGUGGCUGCCAACCUGCCCACUGGCUACCUCAGCUGUCAAGAGGUUAUCAGCAAGCAGCAUCCUGAAAUCAAAUGGGUGGAUGGAGGCAAGCCUUUGUUCAAGGUGUCCACUCACCUUGUCUCCACUGUGUACACUCAGGAUCAACAUUUGCACCAUUUCUUUGCCCACUGUCAGAGCACAGAGUCUGCAGCCCAGGUGACAGGAGGAGAGCUGGUCAAGUAUCUGAAGAGUCUACACGCUAUGGAGAGUUCUGUGAUGAUACACUUCCUGCCCACCACUCUCAACCAGCUCUUCCGUGUGUUGACCAGUGCCACCCAUGAGGAGGUGGCUGUCAACGUCACCAAAGUCAUGAUUCACAUUGUUUCCCAGUGCCACGAAGAGGGGCUGGAACACUACCUACGAUCAUAUGUCAAGUAUGUGUUUAAGACCGAGCCAUACACAUCCUCUACCACGAGAACAGUUCACGAGGAGCUGGCCAAAGCCAUGACUGCAAUUCUAAAGCCUUCCACAGACUUCCUCACCAGCAACAAAUUGCUCAAGUACUCGUGGUAUUUCUUCGAAGCCUUAGUGAAGUCCAUGGCACAGUACUUGAUUGAGAGCAGUAAAGUGAGGCUGUCCAGGAACCAGCGUUUCUCGGCCGGUUUCCACCACACGGUGGAGACCCUGGUCAACAUGAUGAUGCCCCACAUCACCCAGAAGUACAAGGACAACUUGGACGCAGCCCGCAACGCCAACCACAGCCUGGCUGUCUUCAUCAAGCGCUGUUUGACCCUCAUGGACAGAGGCUUUGUCUUCAAGCAGAUCAACCACUACAUCCACUGCUUUGUGCCAGGAGACCCCAGGACUCUGUUUGAGUUCAAGUUUGAGUUCCUGCGUGUCAUAUGCAAUCACGAGCACUACAUCCCCUUGAAUCUGCCCAUGCCUUUUGGAAAUGGGAGGAUACAGAGAUUUCAAGACCUCCAGUUAGACUACUCGCUGACAGACGACUUCUGUAAGAACCACUUCCUGGUUGGGCUGCUGCUGCGGGAGGUCGGCGGGGCCUUGCAGGAGUUCCGGGAGAUCCGUCAGAUAUCCAUCCACGUGCUCAAGAACCUGAUGGUCAAGCACACCUUUGACGAGCGCUACACCUCCAAGAGUCAGCAGGCUAGGUUGGCCACCCUUUACCUGCCCCUGUUCGGUCUGCUCCAGGAGAACGUCCACAGGCUCAACGUGAAGGAAGUUUCCCCAUUCACCAUCAACUACUCCAACAACGUAAGAGAUGAUCCACUCUUGGGCAACACCGUGAUAAUGACGCCUCCGAGGUCCAGUACUUUUUUCGACAACAGUUUGCACAAGGAUUUGUUUGGAGUCAUCUCUGGCACCGCCUCCCCUCAUGCAUCCUCUACCCCCAACGUUAACUCUGUCCGCCACGCUGACUCCCGGGGCUCCCUAAUCAGCACUGACUCUGGAUACAGCCUUCAUGAGAAGAGCAACGAUAAGAACAACUCUCUGGACAAGAGCCAGCCAGCGUCAGCUCUGAGCGGCAGCCUGCUGCGUUGUGACAAGCUGGACCAGGCUGAGAUCAAGAGCCUGCUCAUGUGCUUCCUCCACGUCCUCAAGAACAUGUCUGAGGAUGCUCUGUUUACCUAUUGGAACAAGGCCUCGUCUACUGAGCUCAUGGACUUCUUCACUCUAGUAGAAGUGUGUCUCCAUCAAUUCAGAUAUAUAGGAAAGAGAUGCAUCGCAAGGGCGGGAAUGAUGCAUGCUCGCUUACAGCAACUCAACAGCCUGGAUAACUCAUACACUUUUAACCACACCUAUAGCCACUCUGAUGCUGACGUGCUGAACCAAUCGGUUCUGGAGGCUAACAUCGCCACGGAGGUCUGCCUCACCGUGCUGGACACGCUCAGCAUCUUCAUCGUGGGAUUCAAGACCCAGCUCUGUUCGGACCAUGGCCACAACCCACUCAUGAAGAAGGUGUUUGAGGUGCACCUCUGCUUCCUACAAAUUAACCAAUCAGAGACGGCCCUCAAGCAGGUCUUCACCUCGCUGCGCACCUUCAUCUACAAGUUCCCCUGCACCUUUUUCGAGGGCCGAGCGGACAUGUGUGCUUCGUUCUGCUACGAGAUCCUGAAGUGCUGCAACUCCAAGCUGAGCUCCAUCCGCAGCGACGCCGCCCACCUCCUCUACUUCCUCAUGAAGAGUAACUUUGACUACACAGGGCGCAAGUCCUUUGUCCGCACUCACCUACAGGUGGUGAUCGCCGUCAGUCAGCUGAUUGCUGACGUCAUCGGUAUCGGAGGAACCCGCUUCCAGCAGUCCCUGUCCAUCAUCAACAACUGUGCCAACAGUGACAAGACAAUCAAGAACACCGCCUUCCCAUCAGAUGUGAAGGACCUGACCAAGCGGAUCAGGACGGUCCUGAUGGCCACGGCUCAGAUGAAGGAGCAUGAGAGGGACCCGGAGAUGCUGGUGGAUUUGCAGUACAGCCUAGCCAAGUCCUACGCCAGCACGCCCGAGCUCCGCAAGACCUGGCUGGACAGCAUGGCCCGCAUCCAUGUGAAGAAUGGAGACCUGUCCGAGGCAGCCAUGUGUUAUGUGCACGUGGCAGCCCUGGUGGCCGAGUAUCUCCGGAGGAAAGGCAUGUUCAAGCAGGGCUGCUUAGCCUUCCGAGUGGUCACCCCCAACAUUGAUGAGGAGGUAUCUAUGAUGGAGGAUGUGGGCAUGCAGGAUGUCCACUUCAACGAGGAUGUCCUGAUGGAGCUGUUGGAAGAGUGUGCUGAUGGCCUGUGGAAGGCUGAGCGCUAUGAGCUCAUCUCAGACGUCUACAAGCUCAUCAUCCCCAUCUAUGAACAGGGGAGGGAUUUUGAGAAACUGUCUCACCUGUAUGACACACUCCAUCGUGCCUACAUCAAAGUGACAGAGGUCAUGCACACGGGCAAGAGGCUGCUGGGAACCUACUUCAGAGUGGCUUUCUUUGGCCAGGCAGCGCAGUACCAGUUUACUGACUCUGAGACUGAGGGAUUCUUUGAGGAUGAAGAUGGUAAGGAGUACAUCUACAAAGAACCCAAAUUCACCCCACUGUCAGAGAUAUCUCAGAGGCUACUCAAGCUCUACUCUGACAAGUUCGGCCCGGAGAAUGUCAAGAUGAUUCAGGACUCUGGGAGGAUCAACCCUAAAGAUCUGGACUGUAAGUACGCCUACAUCCAGGUGACCCACGUUACCCCGUUCCUGGAAGAGAAGGAGCUGAUGGACAGGAAGACAGACUUUGAGAAGAGCCACAACAUCCGGCGCUUUGACUUCGAGAUGCCCUUCACCGUGUCGGGGAAGAAGCAGGGAGGGGUGGAGGAGCAGUACAAACGCAGGACCAUCCUGACCACAACCCACUGUUUCCCCUAUGUGAAGAAGCGUAUUGCGGUGAUGUACCAGCACCACACAGACCUGAACCCCAUAGAGGUGGCUAUAGAUGAGAUGAGCAAGAGGUUGACCGAGCUAAGACAGCUAGUUGCCACCAGCGAGGUGGACAUGAUCCGCCUGCAGCUCAAACUACAAGGCAGCAUUAGUGUCCAGGUAAAUGCUGGUCCCCUCGCAUAUGCCCGAGCUUUCCUGGAUGAUGCCAGCACCAAGAAGUACCCUGACAACAAGGUCAAACAACUUAAAGAGGUCUUCAGGCAGUUUGUGGAGGCGUGUGGCCAUGGCCUGGGCAUCAACGAGCGGCUGAUUAAAGAGGACCAGCAGGAGUACCAUGACGAGAUGAAGGCCAACUACAGAGAUCUGGCCAGAGAGCUGUCUGCCAUCAUGCACGAGCCAAUCAUUCCAGUGGAGGAUGGCAUGAAGAGCGUUCUUCCAGACUCACUGCACAUCUUCAACGUCAUCAGUGGUACCCCCAGCGGUGCCACCAUCGUGGGCAUGCCCAACUCCUCCUCUGUGGUGUGAGACCCACCCGGGAUUGGAUGACUCCUGACCUCAACGCUCUGUGCCAGCACUGCCAUGAGUGGCCAUUCCUGCUUUUCUGUUCUCCUUAUCAUCAAGUUUGCUUCUGGCUAAACUGGGACAAUAUGGAUGUUCUGUUAAUUUUCUCUCACACCUUCUCUGGCUUGUCCAAUGGGCCAGGACAAAGGACUGUGUUACACUGUUGUAUAGAGUACAGUCACUCUGUGGAGGAUGGGACCAGGGACAUUCAUCCAUGAGGAUUGAUUGAAUACAUCAUUUAAACAUUCACAGUGUAGGUUGGAAAAAGUAUGUGAACCCCUAGGCUAAUGACUUCUCCAAAAGCUAAUUGGAGUC